AUGUUUGGAAACAGUGAGCUGAUAUGCUUUUGUCAGAAUGACGAGGACAAGAUUGUCCUGACAAAAGAGUUCCUUCCCAAGUUGGUCAGCUUCUACCACAAGUCCAUGGCACAUGUCGAAGGCAUGGAUCGUUUAGAACAAAUGAUCAAGACACAUUUCUACCAUAGAGGUAUUCGCGACGAAGUCCGAAAACAAAUUGAGCAGUGCGAAGCAUGUGCGAAGAACAAACGAGCACGACGUGCUUAUGGAGAAUCUGCUCCACGUGAUGCUACGGCGAUGCCCUGGCAGGAAGUCCAUUGUGACACAAUUGAAGGUGCUCGAGUGGUCGAAGAUACGUGGUUUGCUCGGUACUAUCCCCGAACUAAGAAAGUGGUCACAGACAACGGUCCGGAGUUCAAACUGGAAUUCAUCAAGAUGGUGAAAAAGAACGGUGCGGUGCAUCGGUACUCGACCCCUCGUAAUCCACAAGGUAACUCGAUGAUUGAACGGACUCAUCAGGCAAUUGGUCAAGUAUUGCGAACCAUUGUGGUUUCGCGCGAUCCCAAGAGUGCGGCUGAUGGGAUCAAGGUCAUUUCCGAAACCUUGGCGACAGUGAUGCAUGCUCAUCGUUGUUCCGUGCAGAGUACGAACGCGUAUCUCACUCCUGGUGCUCUUGCCUUCAAACGAGAUAUGUUUCUUGACAUUCCUAUUUAUGCAGACAUCCUGGCCAUGCAACGACACCGUCAAUCCUUGGUUGACAAACGAUUGCUGCGGGCCAAUGCUAAACGCAUCUCCUAUGACUACGCGGUCGAUGAUCUGGUCUAUAAGCGUGCGUAUCUCGGUCUCAGUGAUAAGUUGAAGCCUACGGCUUCUGGUCCCUACCGAGUUUCCCGCGUACAUACCAAUGGCAAUAUUAGUAAGUUUUCCUCUGGAAUUGGCCAAGUCAAGGACUUGGCCAAAUCGAUCCUCCUCCAACAUGUCGACUUGGCGCAAAUUCACUAA